AUGGCAGAGCAGCAGCAGCAAAAUGGCGGGACGAAGGCCGUGGCGGAGUCUGGGUGAGCAGGACCGAAGGAUGGGCACGUAUGUGUUUGGGAUGUACGUAUGAGUGGUCAUCUGUGCUGUGCAUGCAGUUUCUCUCUCGUGGCAUGGCAGCUGUGGGAAGGCCUGAUCGCCGACAUGAAUGAUGUGGUGAGAGGCUGCACCGGUCUGCCCGUCUGUGUGGUGUCAGGGUUAGCGGAUUACGAGCCGACGAGGGAAUGCCAGCGCGUAAUCAAUAUGACACGCAUGUCCACCUUGCCGUUUUCCAUCUUCCAUCUUUUCCGUGCAGGGCACAUGGGUACUCGCAUACAUGAGAGGGAAACCCACCGAUGUCGUUGCUCUCACGUAAGCACCAUGACACGCACGUGAACCGUUCGUCGAACAGCCAGAGGCAGCUUUGUCACUUGUCUGUGUGUCAGGACUCCGCGUGAAGGGGGAGUGAUCGGCUACCGAGGAUGGGGAGCGCCCGUCGGUCCGUGUGGCCUCUUCCUGGCGCCUUGUGAUCGAUGUUACCCAAUCUAUUGAGCCACUGUACCCUCACCACAAUGGGUAUAGACACAAGUGGGGCUCGGCCGCCGGUCUCCCUGACUAACAUCUCAUCUGUCGUGCAGGGCAUAUGGGUAGCUACAUGAGGGAGAGAAGGGCGUGGAUGUCACUGCUCUCACUGCUCUUCUGUCGUGGCUUUGGUUGCUAAGCUAUCUGCCGGGUGCCGGCCAUGCCAUCGCUGUGUGCCAGGUGUUGAGUAGGCAGGAUCGGUGCAUGUGUGUCUGGACUGUUGAUGUCAGUGAGGCGAUCCGAUUUUCGAAGGCCAUUCAGUCCAUGAAGGGGUCCACACAAGGCCAAUGAAGGUGAAUGCCACCUCACCAUACACACACUCGCAAACCAUGGGAUCAAAUCAUCCAUUGCAAAGGUGAAGAAGAAAUGCAAGCCG